UACAAGUUAUCCUGAAGCCAUAUCACUGCUGACCAAACUGUUACAGGCCACACACACCAACGCACUGCUGACGUCCACACAAAAAAUGUUGCAACACAAAUUGCCACUCGGCUCAUAUUUGCUGAAGCCAGUGCAACGUAUACUUAAAUAUCAUCUGCUAUUGGACAACCUUCGUAAGCAUUGCGAUGUGAAGGAAGUGUUGCAAGCCUACGAAAUCAUGCGACAAGUGGCGCGUAAUAUCGAUCAGGUGAAGCGUAAGUUGGAGCAACAAAUAAGAGUUAAAGAACUAUCUGGUAUAUUGGACGGUUGGUUGGGACCAGAACUCACCGUUUUGGGCGAACUCCGCCAAGAGGGUCUCCUCAUGGAGCACAAUAAACCACGCAUGGUUUUUCUUUUCGACACAAUGCUGAUCAUUACCAAGUCCAAAGAGGACAAUCGUCUGCAAUUCAAAAGUUACAUACACCAAAAUAAUCUAAUGCUAAGCGAACAUUUACCCGGCGAACCGACGAGCUUUUAUGUAAUACCCUACCAUGAGCCGCGUAAUCAAAUCAAAUUGACAGCCAAAAAUCGUGACCAGAAACGUCUCUGGGCGCAACACAUUAAAGGAGUCAUACUCGAAAAAUUCGACAACAUACCAAAUCGCGCUAAGGAGUUGGUCUACAAGUUGGGCGAUGAGGAAGUUAAAUUUUAGAAAUUGCGCACAACAGUAACUAACAAUUUAACAUAAAAGCUUAGAAACGUAGCUAAAAAUUUUUGUUUAUACCGUCACAAACAAGCAAAAAUACUCGUUAAAU